CACCUGCGUUCAGUCCCCCAUGAUCCGCUGUGGCUCUUACCAAGGCCUGUGUUGCUAGUCAUCCCGGAAGCGGAAGUUUAGCACGGUGAGCACCGGGACCGAACCAUGAAGGAGGCUGUAGCUAAGCGACGUGAACCGGAGGACGUGGAGAUGAAAGAAGAGGAACCUGCAGCAGUAAAUGCGGAGGGAGGGAAGAAAGAGCUGGACAGCGUCACUCUUGAGGACAUUAAGGAGCAUGUAAGGCAAAUUGAGAAAGCUGUGUCAGGCAAGGAGCCAAGAUUUGUACUGCGUCCCCUUCGAGCUCUGCCUUCCACAUCCCGUAGACUUAAUCCCAAUGUCCUACACAAAGCAUUCAAUGGCUUUUUCACCUCGAAUGCUGCCACACGUGACUUUUUGCUGGGGUUUCUGGAAGAGCUCAUGGACACAGAAGGAGAUGUUCAGUUUCGACCUCGCACAGGAAAGGCUGCUUCUACUCCCCUGUUGCCAGAGGUAGAAGCAUAUCUACAACUACUGCUGGUGAUUCAUCUUAUGAACAGCAAACGCUAUGCAGAGGCCCAGAAGGUAUCGGAUGACUUGAUGCUGAAGAUUACGCCCCAGAAUCGUAGGGCACUGGACCUGGUGGUUGCCAAAUGUUACUAUUACCACUCCCGUGUUUAUGAGUUCCUAAACAAACUGGAUGGAAUUAGAAGUUUCCUGCAUGCAAGGCUGCGAACAGCAACACUAAGGCACGAUGCAGAUGGACAGGCAACACUACUUAAUUUGCUGCUAAGAAACUACCUGCAGUACAACUUGUAUGAUCAGGCUGAAAAACUUGUAUCCAAGUCGGUGUUCCCAGAGCUGGCGAAUAAUAAUGAAUGGGCCAGAUAUCUGUACUAUACAGGUCGGAUUAAAGCAAUUCAGCUUGAAUAUUCAGAAGCCAGAAGAACACUGACUAAUGCUCUGAGGAAAGCUCCCCAGCAUGCAGCUGUAGGCUUCAAACAGACGGUUCACAAACUUCUCAUUGUCGUGGAACUGUUGCUUGGAGAAAUCCCAGACCGCCUUCAGUUCAGACAGCACUCCCUAAAGAGGUCGCUAAUGCCCUACUUCCUGCUUACCCAAGCUGUUCGUACUGGUAACUUGUCUAAGUUCAAUCAGGUACUGGACCAGUUUUGUGAGAAGUUCCAAGCUGAUGGCACCUACACACUUAUCAUACGUCUCAGGCACAAUGUAAUCAAAACAGGUGUGCGCAUGAUAAGCCUCUCGUACUCUCGGAUCUCGUUGCCUGACAUUGCACUGAAGCUACAGUUGGACAGCCCAGAGGAUGCAGAGUUUAUAGUGGCCAAAGCUAUCCGUGAUGGGGUAAUUGAAGCCAGUAUUAAUCAUGAGAAGGGCUGUGUCCAGUCCAAAGAAAUGAUUGACAUCUACUCCACACGAGAGCCACAGUUGGCCUUCCACCAGCGUAUCUCAUUCUGCUUGGACAUUCACAAUAUGUCUGUUAAGGCUAUGAGAUUCCCCCCCAAGUCCUACAACAAAGAUCUGGAAUCGGCAGAGGAACGCCGUGAGCGAGAGCAGCAAGAUCUAGAAUUUGCAAAAGAAAUGGCAGAGGAUGACGAUGAUGGAUUUCCAUGAUUACAACAAACACUGCAGUUGUGACUGUUUUAUUAUGUUUAUAUUACGUCUUUUUUUUUUUUACCCUCUUAAUGCAGUUUUCUUCAUUUCUUCUAUAUGUCCAAGUCUACAAGUCCAUUCAGGGAAAGGGUCUCCCAGAUAGUGUUACAUUGUAUGUCCUAACUCCCUUUUCCGUGUGAGACUAGAACAGGGGCUUUAAAUGUUUCCACAUCUCUUUAUGACUAGCUCUAGCCCCCAGUGACAUCUACAGAAUUUAUUUAAGGCAACCAGCUAGAGUCUCCUUUUGUUAUUUAUUGGUUUUCUAUACUAAACAUACAUGUUCAAUUAUGUAUAUUGCGGUAAUCACACUUCAUCCCACUGAAGUGUUCCAGAUAAACUUUCCUGUAUACACUGCUCCUUUUUCGUUUACAUUUAGACACAAAACCAGACUUCAACCCCACCCCUCAAUAUGUGUUUUAAUUAUUUAGCUUUUUGGUUAUCUUUGUCAAAGGGGGCUGAUUUGUAUUUUAAUUAACCAAGAUAAGCUUUUCAGUCUACAAACGAGGAUACAGUUGCAGAGUGCAGGACUAGGCUUUUAAAUUAUUUACAUACUAGAACAACUAAAUGUGAAAAAUACCCAAUGACAACAUAGAUGGACAGAAAUGCUGGACAGGAGAUAUGCUAUAUUUUGGUAAUUUGUUUCUAGAAUCAUAUCCAGCAAUAGAACAGAAAAUAUAUUCAGCAAAGUGAAAUCUAGUUGAUGCCUUUAAAUAAUUUUAUCUCUGGUGUAAAAGAUAAACCGCAGUGUUUUAAGCUCCUGAUAGUAAUAUGAGAAUUCAGCACAGAGAGGCGACAAAUUAGAAUGUGUGAAAUAACUAAAACCUAAAAAAAUAAAUUUUUGGAAAUUUC